CUCAUACUUGGCCUUGGCAGUUUUACGAACAAAAUCUUUUCCGUUAACUAGCACUGGUCAUCCUUAUGGCGGUGCUCAAGCUGUGCGACAUGGAUCGGUUAAGCAAGGGUGGCGAUUGAGCGGGAGUCUGGGCGCGCUCAUAAGUUCCCACGCCCCACGCAUAUGUCCAGCGCUUACCUCAUUGUGGCUCAUUGUAAAGUUCUCCUGACUCCCAAAUACCACCAGGCUGUCCGCCCUUGCGUCGAUAUGCUGCUCUAUGCACCCUCCUAUGAUUGUUCAUCCGACUCUACUAUCACCGUCAAUGCUCUCCCUCCAGAGCUGCUCAUCGAAAUUUUCCAGUAUUGCGUCCAGGGCCUCGACGACGACCUCGUGCCGCUUACCCUAGCCAGCGUUUGUCGGUAUUGGCAUGAUGUCGCCCAUACAUCUCCAUCGGUGUGGCAGCACAUCUUUCUGAGUGACAGGCGCAAGGUUGCGACAUCCCAUGCCCAGGUCUCGCGGUGGUUGGACCUAUCAGCGGCCCUGCCAAUCCACAUCCACGUUGGACUCCCGUCGGCGGACUUGCUGCUACCACUGAUGUCGCCGCUCUUGCCCGCCAUCUCUCGGUGGCAGAGGUGCACCAUCAGAAUAGCCCAGCACGAAGAAAGCGUACUGCUCCUUCCGGAUGCCUGUAAGAUGUCUGUCAAACAUCUGACGGUCAAGAUCAAAGGCGUGCACGAUGAUCUGCUCGAAAGUUCGCCUCCAUCGCCAAACAUAUUCGUCAUCGACAGCUUGCCGGACCUCGAGAUGCACAUGUCUCUGCUCGAUCUACCCCUUCGUCAGCACAUCGCGCCGCUCUCCUUCACCUCUCUCACCAUCAAGGAGUCCCUCGAUGUCUGCACCGAUCCUACACGCAUCCUGCAGUUCAUUUCCGCCUUCCCCGCAUUGCAAGAGCUCAACUUUAAAGGCUUCCCGCCCGAUGGUUUCUCCGAGUCCGACACGUUCAAGCCGCCGAUCGUUAACCUGUUGCAGCUGCGCGUGCUCGUUUUGCGGAGCACCUGUGCUGUGCGCGUGCUUCUUUCACAUAUCCACGCGCCUGCGCUCGAGGAACUCUACAUCAAGCACACGAACAUCGACUUCGAGAUGCAGAACGAUCCGUACCACGGGCUCACCGAGGAGGGCGAUAGCGAGGACGAGGCGCACGACUUCUCGCAGUCGCCAUGGAGCGACCACGCGACGGGCAUGGGCCUGCGCUCGCUCAUCCGUCGGAGUAAUCCCCCGUUACGGAUAUUGCAUAUGGAUUAUGCGGACAUGAGAACGAAGGACUUCAAAUGGUGCUUUGACCGGUUGGAGACGUUGGAGAAAUUCUUUAUUGUCGCGUCUGAUAUGUCGGACAAGGCGAUCAGUCUGCUUGCUCCUACCGAGAUAGGAGGCUCGGCAGCAGGCAUGGACGUCCCUCACGCUGCGAUACCGAUGCCGGAUGGUGGCAUGAAGCGAGUACGGAUGCCCAAGUUGACGAGCUUGGAGCUGUGGAACUGCCAAAGGUUGAGCGGUGACGCGAUAGUGGAGGCGCUGCGUGACCGCGUUCAAUAUACGGACGAUGCUUCACGCGCGGACUGUGGGGUCGACACGUUGAAGGAUGCGUGUGUCGUAGGGUGUGCUGGCUUUUCGGCGCGGCAUGCUCUUUCUCUGUCGCCUGUGCUUGGGACCCGAUUACAUUUGUCUGGGUUGGAUGGGACAUUGUAUCAUCGAGGUUGACCGUGGGACAAUUGUCAUCGUAACAGCAGGCAUUGUGCAUUGUAUCUAGUAUCCCGUAGAGAAUUUCCUGUCGCAUUGUAUUGUCUACUUAUAAUCUAUCGCAUGCUUCACGUAUACAUAGAACGCUUCAAAGUAUCGCUACGAGAUUUUGUACUGAUAUUCCGUACGUUUCAUAACCUGCACUGUUCUGGUCGUGUG